AUGACUAAAGACGAUAACAAUAACUUACACAACUAUACCAACGCAAAAGUCCAGUCGGUUGAGUUUCUGACUUGCUCUGAAAUCGAGUCGUCACCGUCGUUAUUAUCCAAGCAACAAUCAUUGCUCUUGCACAAUCUUCAACAUUAUGGUUGGUCACCCAUUUCCAUUUUGGUUUCAUCAGGCAAUAAAAAUAAUAACGAUACGACAAAAACGGGAUGGAUUCGUCCUCCUACCAAGGAGGCUGUUCUUCAAGUGAUGAAGGAACAAGAUCCAAACGACACCAACAGCAAUGACUCUCGAUUUACCUACCGCACUGCUGAAAGUGGCGGUGGCAUUGCGGCCGAACCCAAGGAAUCCUUGGAAUUGAAACGAUCGGAUGUGGUACUGACACAGUACUCCUCCUCCUCAUCAUCAUCAUCUUUGGUGGACGAAUGGUGCUGGGCCAUGUCGGAAAUUGCGCAAUCCGUCACGCAGUUGUUGGAACUACCUUCGAAUACAUUACUAGCAGGACAAGAAGAACAAACGAAAGGCACAACCAGUGACAACAACUGCUUGGAUUUGUUGCGAGUUUUUAGCUAUCACGCAACACCGGAUGGACCACAACUGGGGAGUUCUCCGCAUACGGAUUGGGGAAGUUGGACCAUUGUAUGGCAAGACGAUGUGGGAGGUUUGGAGACCUACUCGCGAGAGCAUCAGCAAUGGGAACCCGUACCAACUGCAAAAAGCAACGUAUCAGCAGCAUCUUCGGCCAAUGACACAACAUGCACUGCUGCUGAAGCAUAUUAUUGGCACUGCAUUGUGCAUGUGGGAGACAUGGCAAGUCUGGCUUUAAGAAAGAACUCGUCGUCCACAACAACGGACAAUACAGCGCCAGAAUCACUACUCGUAGAGGCUCCAACUACUAGCAGUAGCAGUUAUUAUAACUACUACUGGCCAUCACCAGAACAUCGGGUCCAAACUUCCACCACCCAAAAGAGAGCUUCGCUGGUAUACUUUGGAUAUCCACCAGCCAAUACUUCGAUUCGCACUAUACGCCAACGAUUGAAAGAUUGGAAAUCUUAUUGUCGGGGAUCGCCCUUGCCAUUAUCGGAGUAUUACUUGUUGCAAAAUCAAUCAUCAUCACUAUCAUCCUCAAUAGAUGGAAAAGGAGCCACGGAGGGGCAAUUGCAAGAAUAUUUUGAGAAACUUGAAACCCUUUCUAUACAGGAGGUGAUCAAAGAGAAAUGGAAGCAGGUACAGAGAAACCAUUGA